UUAGUGGUCAGUGCUUAAUGCAUAAAUAACAAAGACUAAACUUUUUCAGAGACCGGUUUUCAGUUAGCUGCUCAGAUAUUAUUAUUAUAAAUACAUGCAUGCAGCGUAUGAAACCGUGAUCUUGUGUCCACACUGCAGCGUUAUCAGGAACAACAGGCUGCGAACAUUGGUAUCCUUUCCUUGUGGAACAAUAUUUAAUCAUCAUUGUAGCGUUCUAUUUGGAAACGAUUCAAGAUAAAAAUAUAUAAAAUACACGGGAUAAAUAAAGCUGCCUCUAUAAAAAUAAGAAGGGAUUAACAUGCUUAUCUUCUAAUCGAUAAGGGCGAAUAUUGAACUAUUCAGCGAUUUGUUUGGAUUUGGACGGAGCUUAAGUAUACAUACUUCACUUUGUAAAUUGUGAACUUGUGAAUGAGUUAUUUACGAUAAGAUAGUACAAGAGGAGACUAAUAAAUAAGCCGGGCUCAGACAUCAACAACUUUGUCCAUCGUCACUGACCUUCAUCAACCCCCAUUCACUGUUACUUCUACUAGUCUGAAAAGUCAUCACAACAAUGGAUUCCGAAGAUAAGCCAACGACCUCUGACCUGCAAGAAGUCUCCCUCGCUGCUUCCACCACCUCUUCCUCCGGCACAAUUAUGCCACCUACUCCCGCUCCAACGCCAGCAUCUUAUCAGAUCGAAGUCAUCCCACACACGCAAAGUCUCGAGGGUCCUGCUGCCAGUGAAGAAUCUGGCCCUUCGAAACGUACGCGGAGAAAAACGAGGCAUCAAACUCAACACGAGUCUGGUGCGGAUCCGGAAGUUCAACAAGGCGGUGGAGCUCCGAAUCGAUUUAGGAAAACGUCCGGGGACGUGAGGUCACAUUCGAGAAAAAGUUCGGAAAUUAUUCAGAUCCAUCCACACCCUUCAAGGGAAGGUUCCAUCGCCUCUUCACGCCGCAGCUAUUCCCGAGGCGCAUUUUUCGGCGACAUUCCCGAGCAUCUCGGCGCCCACGCUGCCCGGCGUCUCUCGGCAGGAAGCAUGGACUCUGACGAAGAGGGCAUCACGGGGGGGCAUCAUCAUCGCCAUCAUCACGAUGGGUUCGAAAGUGGGGAGGAUCAAGGGCUUGGGGCGAGCAGUGUGGAGUGCGAAAGUGAAAUUGAAGCCAUUUUGGCUGGAGGUUCCAAGAGUUACAUGUCGCGGAUCUCCAUCUCGAUGAACAAGUCGGUCAAUCCGAUGACAGGAGAGACGUUGUUUUGGGGCUUUUCGAAAAAUCAGUGGUUCAUGCUCUUCAUUUUCAGCGUGGCUGAUCUACUUGCGGGGAUUGUGUACUCGUUGCAGGCUCCGUUUUAUCCGGAAGAGGCGGAAUCUAAAGGUGCCAAACCAACGGAAUAUGGGCUUGUUUUUGGUGUUUUCGAACUUGUCAUGUUCAUCGUUUCUCCAAUCUAUGGGAAAUAUAUGAGUAAACUCGGACCAAGAAAUGUGUUCAAUGUAGGAAUAUUCAUUACUGGGACUUGUUGUAUUCUUUUUGGACUUUUGGACCGAAUUCAAGACAAGUGGACCUUCAUCUGUCUAUCUUUCGCUAUUCGGACAGUAGAAGCCAUCGGAAAUGCUGGCUUUGCAACCGCGACUUUCACCUUGAUUGCGAUCGAGUUUCCCGAGUCUGUUGCAACAACCUUUGCUUCUUUGGAGACCUUUUUCGGAGUAGGUCUGAUAGUUGGUCCAACAGUGGGUGGAGGUUUAUAUCAGCUCGGCGGAUACACGCUUCCCUUUGUCGUUACGGGCGGAAUGAUUUUCUCGGUGGCUCUCCUCAUCGCGAUUUUUAUGCCCAAAGCCACACCUCUCGAUGAUAUCGGGACUGAUUCCAAGAGCACGGCCGGCUAUGGGAUCCUUACCAUUUUGAAAGUUCCUGGCGUCCUGCUCGCCACCUUGUCGAUUAUCACGGGUGCGGUCAGCAUCGGGUUUCUCAGCUCCAGUUUAGAACCCCACAUUAGACAGUUUCACCUGACCCCUUUAAUGACGGGGUUAGUGUUCGUGAUCAAUGGUGGCGUUUACGCCCUCACCGCGCCUGGAUGGGGAUGGCUGUGCGACAGAGUUCAACAAACUAAAUACAUCACUUUGGUGGGAGCAAUCUGUAUAACGAUUGGUUACCUUUUAAUCGGUCCGGCACCAUUUUUCCCAUACGAAACAACUUUAUGGGUGACCUGUGUCGGCCUGUUCAUCCAAGGAAUCGGUGUCGGAGCCACUUUCGUGUCCAGCUUUAUUCUAGCCUUGCGACAUUCAGUAGCUAGCGGGCUUCCCGAUAACGUUGCAACGUACAGUGUCGUAUCCGGUUUGUGGAGUUCUGUCCUUGCCCUCGGCCUCUUUGUCGGCCCCUCCGUCGCAGGAGUGCUUUACGACACGAUCGGAUUCCGAUGGGGGUCCAUGUUUGUUGUCGCAGAUGGCGUCAUUUUGGUAAUCCUCAUCAUCCUCUUCGUCCUGUGUAACACGAAGGGGGAGCAGGCCUACUUCCGAGCACUCUCGGCCCGAUCGGGCUCCUCGAGCAGUUCCUCCACGAGCAGUGAGACGGAGCCCUUGUUGACCGUCAAGGACGACGACAACGUUCCCGACGCCAUUCUGUCCGUGGGGGACGAGUACUCCAUAAAUACGCCGACACAGCGACACACUUCCUACGGAGCUACGGCAUAGCGGGCGACGACAAAUACAGAAUUGUUUUAGUAUUCAUACUUAUCAUGAAGAAAUUCAAAGACGUGGUUAUCUUAAAAACCUCGAUCUAACAGCCCUUAUCGUGGACAGCUCAAUUAAUAAUUAGUAUCGUAAAAAGUUAUGUUCGGCAGGAUAUUGAUUUAUUAUGCGGUGUAUGUACAUACAUAAGGUUACACUAAUUUUUACAUACAUUUCUUAAACUUUAAACUUUACCUUCCUUACUUACUAAAAACAACAAGUUUUUCGAGUGUCUCUUGUCACUUGUAUUUACUGUACUGUAAAAUUAUUAUUAGUAGCUUAUCUUAUUUAUCUUUGUUAUCAUAUCACUGUAAAAACUUAUUAGUCAGAAAUGUGAAGUGUAUGAGAAUACUUAUUUUGUAGUGUGUAGUUCUUCGUAUAGUCCAUUUUUUAUAGAUAAGUAUUUAAUGUGUUAUACUAUUAUGUAAAUUGGCGAUGUAACGUUUUUAAGGUGCUGUAAGUUAAAACCGUGAAAAACGAGGUUGUAAUAUCUUUAAUGACCUGAAGAUUUCUCGAAAAUUAUUGAUGAGAGACAAAUAAUAACAAAAUAUAGAUUGUGAUUUUUCGUGUGAUGAAAUUCAUACGGUGCAUGCAAGUCUUAUAAAUACAUAUAAUUAAAAGUCAUUUUUAGACGAAAGAGAUAAAACAAAAUCGAAUUUAUAUGUAUGAAUUUGUAAAAUAUCGCUUACCAUAAUUUCACACCUUGCUACAUGUACUUUCCCUUCCACGAUGAUCUGUUCCCACACGCGAAAAAUGUAUAUGACGAUAAAAAGACGUACUUAAAUUGUUUGAUGAACGAAAUCAAUAUAUAAAAAUAAUGUGAAUGUUGGGUUUAUAAAUUUAUGUAAACAUUAAUAAAAAUUUAUGACAUUCAUAAAUCAA